GGCAGCAGGGCUCUGCCUGCCUGCUGGUGCUCAGGAAAAGUGUUCCUGGGACUGAAAGGGUGCUCCGGGACCCAUGGGACUCAGCAUCCCACGUGCCCUGUCCUCCUCCUGUGGCCAACUGGAGUAAAAACAUUUUGGCGGCUUCUUGGACAGAGGCUGGAGGUGGGGAUGGCUGGUUCAAGUGACACUGCACCGAAGGAGUCGUCCCCAGAUGGACAGAUGCAUCGAGAGGCAGCAGUGCCACCCCAGCAGGACUCCAUGGCUGCUGCCCAGGAAGAUGGAGCUCUGGGAAAUGCUGCAGCAGCUGCACCUCAGAGGGCUCCCGGUGAGCUGGAGGAGCGCAGCGAUGCUCCCAGCCGUGUGUGGGGUGCGCAGCCUGGCCUGCUAUUCCAGGGAGAGAAGCAGAGCUGCCACCCUCUCAGCCUGUCCUGGGCACUGGGCUACAACAGCAGCCUGGCUGUGCAUAGCAUUGAAGAUGGGAUGCUGCUGUAUGCCUGUGCCCACACAGCGGUCAUCCACGAUGUCCUUGGCAGCAGGCAGUACCACCUGCAGGGUCACGCAAAUGCCAUCUCAUGCCUGUGUGUCAGUGAGGACAGGCGCUGGGUUGCCACUGCUGACCAAGGUCCAGACCCUUUGGUCAUCAUAUGGGAUGCCUUUUCUGGGAUCCCUGUGCGCACCAUCUUUGACAGCCAUGCAGGCGGUGGGAUCUGCACUAUUGCCAUCUCCCAGGAUGCAAGGUGUUUGGUUACCAUCAGUGCUGGCAUGGUGCAGAGGGUCUGUGUGUGGAGGUGGACAUAUCCUGAUGAGAGCCCCGUGUGUGACGUGGAGCUGAGCCCUGAGUUUGGCUUCCAGGAUUUUGUCAUUUUUAAUCCCCAAAAUCCUUAUGAGUUUGUCAGCAACAGCAAAACCCAAGUGAUAUUUUAUCUGUGGGUGAGUAGGACAACAAAAAGUUCAUCUCCUGAGAAGGUAAAUGUCUUUGUGUGGAUACAUGCUCUGCUCUCUCUGCAGGGCGAUGCUGGUUUGCAGUACAGCACUCCUUCUUUGACCAAGCAGACCUUUGGCAGCGCAGUGGGGCACUUCACCCAGUCAGCUUUCCAUUUCAACGCCACGCAGGUGCUGACGGGCACCUCGGCUGGGAAGAUGGUGGUGUGGGAUGUGGAGAGAAAGCGGGAGCUGUACAAGGAACCGCAGGGCAGGGUGCAUGGCAUGAAGGCCAGCAAGCUGGUGCCGAUGCAGAAAGAAAGCCUGACAGCGCUGAUGGUGUUGGAGAACGAGUUCCCCGUUGCGAGUAAAUCUUUCCAGGAUAUUCUGAUGGCUUCAUCACACUGUGCUCCUCACGGUCAGUUUUUAUCUUUCCCAUGGGUUGCACUGGUGGAACAGUGCAAGAACAGGAUGGACCUGAGCCAUUUGGAGCAUGAAUUCUCCCACCCAAUAACACUGUGCUUCCUUCCUUCCAGCUGCAUAGUGACAGGGGAUGUGAGAGGCCAGGUGAAGUUCUACAAUGGGCACCUGCAGCUCCUGGCCUGCUAUGACCACAGUGGUACGGGUCCCAUUCGAUCCAUCUCCUUCUCCAAAGCUCCUCCAGAUUCUCCAGCUGCCCCUUCUACCAGCAGCCACCCCUUCGCUGCUAGGAACUUUAUCCUUUCAACCUCUGAUGCAACAGUGCUCCGUGUUGUGACAGAUGGGACAGACUUUGAAAAAGUCAUGAAAGAGGCCAAGAAAGCAGUGACUGCCAUUGCAUGCCAUCCUCAACAGCCACGGCUUGCCAUGGGCAGUCACUGCGGGCUGCUGAAGGUGUGGGACUACCAGCAGCCCCAGCUCCUCAUGAGCAGGAUAUUCCCCAGUGCUGGAGUGCAGUGCCUGUCCUAUGAUCCUGCAGGCUCCUUCCUGGCUGCCGGUUUCACCGAUGGGAGUGUGCAUGUCCUCGAUGCCAUUUCCCUGCUGUCCUGCUGUGAGGUGUUCAGGUUCUCGCGGGGCCCCAUAACUCACGUCCAGUUCUCCCAUAACUCCGAGUACCUCGCAACUGCUGAUGAAAAAUAUGCAGUGACCGUUUACAAAAGGGUUCUGCAGAAUGAGCGUAGGUGCUGGGAACACCUGGCAGGGCUGCACUCCCACUACAAGCCCAUCCGGAGCAUCCUGUUUGGGAUCCACCUGGACGGCAGUGAGCCCCGGCUGCUGAGCCUUGGGGAGGACAGGCAGCUGAUUGAAUAUGACCUGAGCAGCAGCAGCAAGGACCAGCUGGUGGUCCUGCACAGACAUCGUGUAGAGCAGGCUGCAGUGCCCCUCUGCUUGGCCUGGUAUCCACAUUUCAGCACCGAGUCCUUCAUCCUCACAGCCAACAGCUGCUACAAAAUGAAGCUCUACAAUGCAACGACCAAAAUGUGCAGAAAGACUCUUCUGGGACCAACCUAUGGCUCGCCAUUGGAGAAGAUGCGAAUCCUCCCAAAGAGUGCUGCACAGCCCCAGAAGCACUACCUGGCAUACAUUACCAAGGACAAGGUGGGCCUGCAGAUUCUGCCCAUUGAUGGCAACCCCCACAAGUCCUCAGCUUUCAUUUGCCACCCAGAUGGUGCCUCUGACCUGGCCAUCUCCUACGAUGGGCACUACAUCUUUACGGCUGGGGGGAGUGACCGCACUGUUCUAAAGUGGGAGGUGAACCUGAAUGCCUUGGAAGCUGCUGCAUCCCUGGGUGGGGAGGACCUGGUCCCGUUCUACAGACUGCUGGAGGGCGGCCAGGACGGUGAAUUCUUCAGGGAGCUGGAAGACUAUUUCUACUAUGUGCAGCUGCGCAGCCAUGGCAUUGAUAUGCUGGAGAGCAGGCAGGUGUCAACGUACAUUCCCUUGGAGGAAAUUCCUUCUGUAAUGAGAGCAAUGGGUUUUUACCCAUCUGAGGAAGAGAUCGAAGAGAUGAUAAAUGAAGUAAAAUUCAGUGAGUUUGUGGAUACCGGAGAACAAGUGACAAAAAUCAAUUUAAGGGAUUUUAUCAAACUUUAUAUAAAUCAUCGGCCCGCAUUUGGCUUGUCAAUGAAAACAGUACAACAAGCAUUUCAGGUCCUUGGUUAUGAGAAUGAGAAUGGCGACAAAGUUAUUGACAGAGGAGACUUGCUGUCACUCCUACAGUGCAGGGGAGAGCAUAUGAUGGAGGAUGAGCUGGCACUGUGUCUGUCUGCCCUGCUAGGAAGGCAUCCAAUGGGAGGAAGAUCUGACCUGGAUGUACGUGAUCCCUCAGGUGCAGCAGCUUUGAUGGAAGAAGAAAUUCCAGAGCAAAUCACAGCAGAGAGAUUCACUGCCGGCAUUCUUGGCCUAUCCAUUGCUGAGCCAGAAAAAAGAACAGUAAACUGAGAUGGAUAAUUCAUCUGUGAAGACUCAGAAUUGUAGCUGCCACUGUUUUCUACUCUUUCUACUUUCCAAACUCCUCAUGUACCUGUGAAAUAUAUAUU